GUUAGCCCGAAGUCCCAAUCAUGUUAUCACUUUCUCCUCAGUUUUCAAUCCUUGGGUGGCCAUCAGAAGCUGAUACAAGCCCUGAACAGAAGAGCUGGAUGAGCGACAACCCUUUUGUGAAUUGCAACUUCAGAGAAAAACAAGCUUCAGAAUCAUUCUUUCUCUUUACUUCGUCUCGACCAGAAGCUGAGUGCAAUGAGUUCAAGUCUUGUGGAACAACUAGCAGGGAUCCUGCAAUGGUUAAGAAAUUGAAUCACAAUGCUAGUGAACGUGACCGUCGGAAGAAAAUGAACAGUCUCUACUCCUCCCUCCGCUCGCUUCUUCCAGAGACUGACCAAACGACGAAACAAAGCAUUCCGGCCACUGUUUCUCGAGUACUGAAAUACAUUCCAGAGCUCCAGAAGAGAGUCGAGAGGCUGAAACAAAGGAAACAAGAGAUAUUAUCAAGUAUUACUAGACAUAGAGAUCACAACCAUCAGGAGAAGAGAAGAAAAGCCACGGUUCAGACGUCUUCGCCUACUGUUUCGGCGAGUCGCGCCGGUGAUGGGGAAAUUGUGAUUCAAAUUUGUGCAGUUAAGGUCAAGAAAAGCCCACUCUCUGAGGUUUUGCUUCAUUUGGAGCAAGAGGGUCUUCAGGUCUUGAAUGCUUCAGCUUUUGCCACAUUUGGGGAAACGGCCUUCUACAAUCUUCAUCUUCAGGUUCUACUUCUCUAUUUUGUGAGAGAAAGCCAAGGAGUGGAGUGUGAGGUAUUGAGUCAGAAGCUAAUGUCAAUGUAUCACAGCCGGGAAGAGUAG